CCAGCAGCGAUGUCCCUGCCGGCUCGGACGCGGCGCUGUGAUCUCCACCGGCGCUGGGCUCAUCUCCAGCCUCGUGCCUGUGGAGGUCUGUUAGGAAGAGCGGUGGGACGAUGAGUCUCCCUUCUCCCCCCUCUUCCACACACUGCAGCCUCCAGCUCCCUUCACCCCAGGCCAGUGCAGGGGACGAGCAGGGCUUUCCCCUGCCCCCACCCCAGGGCUCACCUGUGCACUCUCUUCCACCUGCAGGUGCUGGGACCCUGAGCCGAGCGGAUCAGCAGCCUCCAGAGGAAGGGCCUGUGAACCUGGAGCCGCAGAGACCCUCCCCAGGGAGACGGGGACAGAGCGGCUCCCUGACACCUGGGCCGGGCCAGCUGCAAGAGGGGCAGGGCAGGCCGGCGAAGCAGGGGCAGAGCAUGGAGCUCCGGAAGGUGUUUGAGGACGUGGCAGUGUAUUUCACACGGGAGGAGUGGGAUCUGCUGGAAGAGGAGGACAAGGGGCUUUACCAGGACCAGAUGCUGACGAACUACCAAGCCCUCCUUUCCCUGGGAUAUCGAGGCCCUGCCCCUGAACUGAUCUGCCGCAUCCAGGGAGGACAGGUGGAGCUCUGGGUCUGUUGUGAUGAGGACCGUGGGGCAAUCUCGAGGUCGGAGGACGUGCUGCCAGGACAUGCCUGGUUGCUGAGCAGAACUGAGGAGCCAGCUGCUGAGGAAGGGCCUGGAAAGCUGGAGCCACCAUGGGCUUCCCUGGGGAGUAUGGGUGAGGUGGAUUCCCUGAGCCCAGCAACAGACCAAUGGCACAAGGGUCAGGGGAUGCUCCAAAAGCAGGAGAAUGUAGCAGUGAACAAGGUCCCGUCUCUAUUUGGGCAUUGGAGUGAAGAAGGGAAACAAGCCCGAAACAGCCCAAGGUGCAGGGAAGAAUUUGUGGUGCUGAGACACCAGAAGAGGCAGAAAGGAAAGGCCCACUGGAGAGAGACACUGCAUGCAAGGCAAGGCAGUAUGGGGGGCCUCAGAGGGAAGCAGGAGCCCACCACCAAGCGCAGGGGGAGAGCCCACUCCUGCCCUGAGUGCAAGAAGAGUUUUAGCUGCCCCUCGCGCCUGGCUCUGCACAAGAUAAAGCAUGCUGGGGAGAAGCCCCAUGUACGUGCCACGUGUGGGAAGAGCUUGACCAGCCUCUCUGUGCAGAGGAGGGAGCAGCCACACGGCUGCACAAGGUGUGGGAAGAGCUUCAGGCAGCCCUCCAGCCUGGCCAGGCACAGGUGCAUGCACACACGGGAGAAGCGUCAUCCUUGCUCUGUGUGUGGGAAGAGUUUCACCUGGUCCUCUGACCUGGUCCGUCAUCUGCUGAUCCACACAGGCGAGAAGCCACAUCAGUGCCCUGUGUGUGGGAAGAGCUUCGCCCAAUCGUGGAACCUGACCAAGCACCAGCACAUCCACACAGGGGAGAAGCCAUAUUACUGCUCUGUGUGUGGGAAGAGUUUCACCUGGUCCUCCAAUCUGGUCCGGCACCAGCUGAUCCACACACGGGAGAAGCCACAUCAGUGCUCUGCGUGUGGGAAGAGCUUCACCCAUUCCUCCCACCUGGCCCGGCACAAGCACAUCCACACCGGGGAGAAGCCUCAUCAGUGCUCUGAGUGUGGGAAGAGCUUCACCAACCGCUCCAGUCUGACACAGCACCAGCUCAUCCACACAAGGGAGAAGCCACAUCAGUGCUCUGUGUGUCAGAAGAGAUUCACCCAGCGCUCCCACCUAGCUGAGCACCAGCGCAUCCACACAGGGGAGAAGCCACAUCAGUGCUCUGUGUGUCAGAAGAGAUUCACCUACAUCUCCAGCCUGACACAGCACCAGCGCAUCCACACAGGGGAGAAGCCAUAUCAGUGCUCUGUGUGUCAGAAGAGCUUCACCUACAUCUCCAGCCUGAAACAGCACCAGCAUAUCCACACAGGGGAGAAGCCAUUUCAGUGCUCUGUGUGUCAGAAGAGAUUCACCUACAUCUCCAGCCUGAAACAGCACCAGCAUAUCCACACAGGGGAGAAGCCAUUUCAGUGCUCUGUGUGUGGGAAGAGCUUCACCCAUUCCUUCCACCUAGCCCGGCACCAGCUCAUCCACACAGGGGAGAAGCCAUAUCACUGCUCUGUCUGUGGGAAGAGAUUCACCCAGCGCUCCCACCUAGCUGAGCACCAGCGCAUCCACACAGGGGAGAAGCCACAUCAGUGCUCUGUGUGUCAGAAGAGAUUCACCUACAUCUCCAGCCUGACACAGCACCAGCGCAUCCACACAGGGGAGAAGCCACAUCAGUGCUCUGCAUGUGGGAAGAGCUUCACCAACCGCUCCAAUCUGACACAGCACCAGCGCAUCCACACAGGGGAGAAGCCAUAUCAGUGCUCUGUGUGUCAGAAGAGCUUCACCUACAUCUCCAGCCUGAAACAGCACCAGCAUAUCCACACAGGGGAGAAGCCAUUCCAGUGCUCUGUGUGUGGGAAGAGCUUCACCCAGUCCUCGCACCUAGCUGAGCACCAGCGCCUCCACACAGGGGAGAAGCCACAUCGCUGUUCUGAAUGUGGGAAGAGCUUCACCCGACCCUCCCACCUGACCCAUCACCAGCUCAUCCACACAGGGGAGAAGCCACAUCAGUGCUCUGUGUGUGGGAAGAGUUUCACCAACCGCUCCGGUCUGACCCGGCACCAGCUCAUCCACACAGGGGAGAAGCCACAUCGGUGCUCUGUGUGUGGGAAGAGCUUCACCAACCGCUCUUGUCUGACUCGGCACCAGCUCAUCCACACAGGGGAGAAGCCAUAUCACUGCUCUGUCUGUGGGAAGAGAUUCACCCAACACUCCCACCUAGCUGAGCACCAGCGCAUCCACACAGGGGAGAAGCCACAUCGCUGUUCUGAGUGUGGGAAGAGCUUCACCCGACUCUCCCACAUGACCCAUCACCAGCUCAUCCACACAGGGGAGAAGCCACAUCAGUGCUCUGUGUGUGGGAAGACCUUCACCCAUUCCUCCCACCUGGCCCAGCACCAGCGCAUCCACACAGGGGAGAAGCCACAUCACUGUUCCGAGUGUGGGAAGAGCUUCAGCCGAUCCUCCCACCUGACCCGGCAUCAGCUGGUCCACACAGGGAAGUAGCCACAUUAGUGCUCUGCAUGUGGGAAGUGCUCUGAGUGUUGGAAAAGCUUCCCCCAUCUCUCCCAUCUGUCCCAGUAUCAGCACAUCCACACCCAGAAGCAUCUCUAUUUCUGCCAGCCGUGCAGGAAGCCCUGGGAGAUGUCUGCCUGCUCAGCACCCACCAGUGGUGCAUUCAGACAAGCACCCCCAUGCUGGUGACCUGAACAAAGAGUUCCCCCAGGCUUUGUCCCUUGUAGGGCACAGUGGGAGUCCAGAACCCAGAGGCUCACCCCCAAGUUUUGAUUGUGGGGAAGGGGUAAGAAGAAACACCUCAGGCAGAGAUCAGCUCCAACGAAGGGGAGAUGAGAUUUGUUUUUUGUAAAAAUAUAUUUCUCUCUCUAUAUAUGGUUAUAUGUAUCUAAACCGAUCCUGUUACAGAAAAAAAAAAAACCCUGCACCCUUGCACCCACACUCCUGUGCACCUGCGCACCCGUACAAAGGCCCGCUGGCCACCCGUACCCAUUACAAUGUCUGAAGCCACGUGCAAAACACACACAAUGCACCCAGUCCUUUCUGGUCUCUCCAACCAGCCCUCCCUUCACACCUACUCAUGCGCCAUUUCUGGGGUCAGGUACUCUGCUCAACUGGUCUCUUCUUCAUUGUAACUGCAGCUUCCACUGGAGGACCCACUGCUGCUGCUGUUGUCACUGUGGCUGUCCUCUAUAUCACUUGUCUGGUCCUCUUCUCCGCUGCCGUCGCUCUCUUCUUUUGUUGGUGGGGGUUGUAUGGUCCUGAGCCACGUGUCCCUGUGCCAGAUAGUGUUUGCUGCGUCUUCUCCAUGUGAUGAGGAGAUGAUCUUUGUAUCAGGCUUGGAGCCUAUGCAUUCCCCAUCAUGAAUUAAAAGCAGAUAGUAGUCCCA